AUGUGGCCCCAAAGCACACACAAGAAUGAUCUUGAAGAAAAGUUACAUCGGUUGGAAAAGGAGAAAGCUGAUCUAGAGAGAGAUUUUGGAUUGAAACGGGCCAAAUUUAAGGAGCUUUUUCUACAAAAGGAAGAUGAACUGAAAAAGGAGCGAGAAAAGAGCCAGGAAUGUGAAGUGAAGGUAAAAGCACUCGAGGAAGAAUUGCUGAGCAUGCGAGAGGAAAUGAACAAACUUCGCUGGGAGCUGGAGGGAGUGAGAACAGCAGCAGCCAUGUCCGAGGGCAACAAGCAGGAGGAGAUCAGCAGUAUCGUUGCAAACUAUCAGCAGGAAGUUGUCAGCCUGCAGCAGCUACUGAGAGAGGCAUCUGAGACAGCUUCUGACAACACAGCUGCCCAGUUUGAGUCUGAGAGGAACAAACUGGUCUCACUUAAUGAGAACUAUGAGGAGGAGAUACAGGAGCUGAGAACUAAACUCAGUCAAGAAAGGGAGAGUUUUCUGUCUACCGUGGCCAAGUCCAUCAAACGUGUGGGAGGUGUGAACACAGUCGGUACAAGCACAGAACAUGAGAAUUUAGAGGAGAGCAUGAGAAAAGCCCAAGAAGAUGCCCAGAUCUUGAAGUCUGUGGUCGUUCCCCUUGAGAGUGAGAUCAAGUCACUGAAGGCCAAACUGGAAGAGACAGAAGCCAAACUGGCAGCAACUCUAAAGAAAAGCGAUGGUCAUCAGGGCGGUCCAGAAACUAAAACACAAGAUUCUAGAUCAUCACCUUCAUUGCCAGAUCUGGACUCCAUAACAGAUCUUCAGGAGAAGGUUGAAAAGCUCCUGGGCUACCUUAAAGCAGAGAAAGCAGCUCGUACAGACCUGGAAAUGUACGUUGCUGUUCUGAGCACACAGAAAUGUGUUGCACAGGAUGAGGCAGACGCAUUGAAUACCGAGUUACAGGAAGUAUGUCAUCUGCUGGAGGAGGAGAAGCAAUCUCAUGAAGCACUGAAACAAACAUGGCAGAUGGCAAAUGAUCAGUUCCUUGAGUCCCAGCGUUUGAUGAUGAUGGAUUUGCGCAGAAUGGAGGGCGUCCUCACCACAGAACAGCAGAGGCAGCUUGCAG